AUGGGAAAUUCAUGUUGCCUCGGUCGUUACAACGAGUACCGCGCAAAACUGUCGGAGAUUGAAUCGCACGUGAUCGACAACAUAUCCUCGUACGGCCCGAUCUCAGACUUGCUGGGUUUGGAGGAGUCUGAGUGCGACAUCGAGCGAUUCGACCUUGCUUUCGAGAAUGGGGAUAUCAAUGAGUUCGUAGCUCUGUGCGGGUCGACGCAGCCGAUAGACAAGUUUGAAGGCCGGUUGCAUCCAUGGGCUGCGAACCCUACCACUAUUGGCGCCCUGGCGGCCACGCAAUUGGCGAUAUUCGCAAGCCUAGAGCAGCAUCCUGAGUUCAAGGAUGCCAUCCGUGAGGCGUCAGGCAUCCCAAUUUUAGUUGAGAUGCUGCGGAGCAAUGAGGUGGACCGUUUCCACGUCGCUGUCGUCGCUCUUUCGUUUUUGUCGGCUGGGAACAUCGAUAACUGUGUUGAGAUGUUCAACGCCGGAGCACUGAAAGAUCUGAUCCAAGGCAUGAAAUCCGAUAUCGACGGAGUGCGCGCGGCGUGCGCGCAGAUAUGCCGCAACAUCUACCAGUUAGGUUGGUCGUGCCAGGUGUUUGUAAAGCUAGGAGGUUUGGUGAAUUUGGUGAGAUUUUUGUCUCCGUGCGACGACACGGAUGAGGAGCUGUGCCUCACCCAACUGGAGGCCAUUUACCACAUCGAGGACUUCAUCAUGGACGGAGUCGAGGAGCUACCUGAGUUCGUCUCUAUCGUAAAAGUCUCUGGCGCCAGGGAGAAACUCAAAUUACUUGAGAAAAGCAGUAACAAGGAGUUGAGCAUGGCCGCCAAAAGUGUACGUGUCCGUCUUGCUGAUUAG